CGCCAUUCCUUUGUUAACCCUCUUUUUUCCUUUCCCUUCUCUCCGUUUUCUUAAAUCUGUCAUCCUUCUUUCUUUGCUGAAACCUUUAUUUACUCCUCUAGAAUCUAAAAUGGAAAACGGGAAUCAGUUCCAGGAAGUUUCAAAGGCCAAAUAUGAUUGUCUUUUGUUUGAUCUUGAUGAUACUCUUUAUCCUUUUAGUUCUGGAUUAUCAGCGCAUGUGACAAAAAAUAUUCAAGAUUACAUGCUUCAAACACUUGACAUAGAGGAUGCUAAAGUUCCUGAAUUAUGCUAUUCACUAUACAAGGUUUAUGGGACAACAAUGGCUGGUCUCAGGGCAAUUGGAUAUGACUUUGACUAUGAUGACUUUCAUGGCUUUGUUCAUGGGAGAUUGCCAUAUAAUUUGCUGAAACCUGACCCUAUUAUUAAGGGAAUUUUGCUAAGCUUGCCUAUCAGAAAAGUUGUUUUCACAAACUCAGAUGAGGCACAUGCAGGUAGAGUACUUCAAAGGCUUGGACUGGAGGAUUGCUUUGAAAGGAUCAUAAGCUUUGAAACAUUAAACCCAUUCAACAAGUUGAAUGAUCCUGAGAACAAACUUGACAAUGGAAGUAGAGCAAUUAGCACAGGAAUAUUUGAUUUUUAUGAGUACUUGAGUAAGCCUGAUUCUGAUGUUGUGCUUCCAAGGACCCCAGUAGUCUGCAAACCUUUUCAAGAUUCAUUUGAAAAGGUUUUCAGUUUGGCAAACAUUCACCCUCAAAGAACAUUGUUCUUUGAUGACAGUAUCCGCAAUUUAGCCACGGGCAAAUCAUUGGGCCUUCACACUGUAGUGGUGGGUACUUCUGUUAGAACCGCAGGAGUGGAUCAUGCAUUAGAGAGUAUACAUAAUAUGAAGGAAGCAUUUCCAGAACUGUGGGAAGCUGCUGAGAAAUCUGAAAGGGUCAAGUAUUCUAGGAAGGUUUCAAUUGAAACAUCUGUCAUAGCUUAAGCUUAUUAUACAUCUACUUUGUUAACCAUCCAAUAAUGUCAUUGUUAUUGGAAAGAAUGAGAUUAUGAUUAUAUAAGUGAGUUUUUAUUAGCAACUUGUUAUUUCCUUUUGUAAAGACAAAGCCAAAUACUUCUGUGGCACAAAAUAUUAAGUAAUGAGAAGAAAUUGAGAAAAUAAUUGGCUAAU